CCGAAGAGCUGCAAGGGACCAUGGCACUCUACCGGCCACGCCGGCCGCGUUCUCGAAGUCUCACUUGCGCUCGGUGUUCUGCGAGAAGACCGGCAUGUACCUCACCACAAGUUCCCUCACCUCAAACCCAGCGGUGCCUCUCCAUGACCACUGUAUGUUUGGCCGGCACGUCACGCAUCACGGCGACUCAAACAUCAGCGCCGCAUGCCGCGUCAUGCGUCGUGUGCCUGUAACGGGCCGAACGCAGGCUCGCUCAGGCGGUGCUGCCGAGUCCGCUCGCCGCCAGGCCCACCAACUUUGCUGACGAGGCACGCCCGGCGAAGAUGGAGGAUUUAAGCUUGCCCGCUACCAUCGACGCAUGCGACAUGCGCCAGGCCGUGUGGGUCGCAUCGGGCCGGGGCCGGAACUGGGCCAUUGUGCACGCCGGACGGGCGCAGGGUGCGGGCGGAGCAGAGAGGCGCGAGGGUGUCGCCGAGGCAUGCGAGGGAUGGACGUGGGAUGGGCGGGAGACGGUCUCUUUGGGGCGACGCGAGUCACGGGAGACAAGCCCUGAGCGCCGCGGACGCGCGCUGCCGUCACCCGCUGUGGGCAGGUGCAAUGUUCAUGUCCAGAGGACACAAGGCGGAUGCAGGAGGACAUGCAGGACAUGCAGCGCCGUAUCCAUGGUCCGUGUCGCCGCUGCUCAUGACGACGCGAGUGCGGGACGCCGCGACAAACGACAAGCAGCAAACAAGCAGACAGAGAGCAAGGCACACCGUUCCGGCCCGUUCCUGGCAUGAGGCCGCAGGCAUGAGGCGCUGGCGGCGUUGGCGGCGUUGGCGUACGGCGUCUGGCGUUGGGCGUCGGAGAUGAGUUCUCG